AUGUGGAAGAUGCAAAUGCAGGAGGUGGUGUGGAUGCAGGAGGAGGGAGGUGGGAUGCAGAUGUGGAUGUGGAUGCAGGAGGAGGGAGCGCUGUCCCCUCGGUCGCAGUCCGUUCCCGGGAUGGCAGUGGCGCUGGCGGUGGCGCUGGCGGUGGCGUUGGUGCCGCUGGCAGCCGAGGCGGGCAAGGACCCUCUGCUGAACGUCUGCAUGGAUGCCAAGCACCACAAGAGCCAGCCGGGCCCCGAGGGCAAGCUCUACCAGCAGUGCUCCCCCUGGAAGGACAACGCCUGCUGCACGGCCAACACCAGCCUGGAGGCGCACAAGGACCAGUCCUACCUCUACAACUUCAACUGGAACCACUGCGGGGUGAUGCCGGCCCAGUGCAAGCGCCACUUCAUCCAGGACACGUGCCUGUACGAGUGCUCCCCCAACCUGGGGCCCUGGAUCCAGCAGGCUGACAGCAGCUGGAGGAAGGAGAGGAUCCUGCACGUGCCCCUGUGCAGGGAGGACUGCGAGGAGUGGUGGCAGGACUGCAGGGACGCCCUCACCUGCAAGGAGAACUGGCACAAGGGCUGGAACUGGGCCACAGGAACCAACCGCUGUCCCUGGGGCUCCGAGUGCCGGCCCUUCCACCAGGUGUUCCCCCGGCCGCAGGACCUGUGUGAGAAGAUCUGGUCCGGCUCCUUCAGGCUCAGCCCCGAGCGCCGGGGCAGCGGCCGCUGCAUCCAGAUGUGGUUCGACCCCGCCGGGGGCAACCCCAACGCGGCCGUGGCUCGGUACUACGCCGGGAUAAAGAGAUCGUCCUCCCCGGGCCAGGAGGGCACCGUGCCGCCCCAGAGCCGUGGCACCGCGCGGGCCCUGCCCUGCCCCAUUGGGCUGCUGCUGCUGCCCCUGCUGCUGCCCCCGGCGCUGGGGGGCUCCCAGCCAUGGGGCUCCCCGUGA